UUUAUAAUUCUUAAAAGUAUAUAACUAAUUCUGAAUUUAAAAUAACUCUACAUCAAAAUGACGUAAUUGCGACUCAGCAGAGUAAAUAUAUGAUGACAAGGAUACCUCAGACUUUUCUACAAAUCCAUGUUAACUUCUGCCUGUACAGUCCAGUCUUUCUUUAUUCGUCGAAUAUCGCUGAUCAUUUUGUACAGUAUUCUUGUGCAAAUAAGUUUACAUAAAACUUUGAUUUUUAUGCAACUGUUUACGGGCAAUUAUCACCUGCAAAAAUACCAAACAAUCCGAAGAACCUUUUUUUAAUUAAUUUUAUUGUUCAAUUAUUAGUACUGUUUUCGCUCGUUUUAAAUCGAACGGAUGUAAUAAUGCUUGGACUUUGUUUACCAGCAUCAUGCUCUGUAAAUGAUAUAAGUUUCAUUUUGGAAAGGAUAUUCCAUAAUAAAGUUUUUUAAUUGGUGAUAUCUAUUCUGCGAAUUUUGAGCUAAUCCAGGUUAAGGAUUUAAAAAACGAUUAUAAAUGGCUAAUGAAUGGUGCGACACCUUUUAUUUGCAUCAUUUUAGUGCUUUCCAUCUUUAUGGUAAUAAUCGGAACAAUAUAUGAUAUAUUCAUUCAUCAGAAGUGUACAAACAAAGAGGAUGAAACUAACAAUAAGAUUAAUACAAAAAAUGGAACAAUCCAAGAAAUGGAAAUGGAAGGAGUCUCAUCUUUGCCGGAAAGUAAACUCGGAAUGAUAUUAAUAUGUUUUUCUGCUUAUACAAAUACAAAAGUAAUAUUUAAUACAAAAUUACAUCCAGAUACUCUACCUAUUAUUCAUGGCUUAAGAUUUCUAAAUAUGUGUUGGGUAAUUGUUGCCCACUGCGUAAUUUACAUAAUAGAUUACUUGGGCAAGUAAUUUGAAAAUAUCUAGUCCGAUUCUUGUUCUCCACACAUAAUAAAAAUUGUUUUUCUGUAUGCAGACAAUAAAGUAUGGACAAGU